GAGCGCGGCGGCACCAUGCCUGCCAUCAAGAAGGAGCGACUUGACAGGGAGGAGAUGGCCCUGGCGGCUUUUAACCAGCCCAUGGAAACGCUGCCCGAGUACCUGGCGCCCCUGGCCGCCGCUGCCAUGCCGGUGGUCACCCCGCACCCGCCGGCGUACGAGCACAUCUUCGCCCACCGCGCGUACCUGGGCUUCCAGGAGCCCCACCCGCACCACCCCCAGCACCUCCCCGAGGACCUGAUGCUGGAGAGGUUCUCCUCCAUCCCGGAUUUCCAGCCCUUCUUUGACAACGGGGAGCCUUGCAUCGAGGUGGAGUGCGGGGAGAACAAGGCGCUGCUCUACAUCAAUAAGUUGUGCCAAGGCAGCAAAGGACCCUCCAUCCGGUACCGGGGAGAGUGGCUCACCCCCAACGAGUUCCAGUUCGUCAGCGGCAGGGAGACGGCCAAGGACUGGAAGCGCAGCAUCAGGCACAAAGGGAAAAGUUUGAAGACUCUUAUGUCCAAAGGAAUCUUACAGGUACAUCCUCCAAUCUGUGAUUGCCCUGGGUGUCGAAUUUCGUCUCCAGUGAACCGGGGCCGGCUGGCAGAGAAGAGGAGCAUCCCCCUGCCCCCCAGCAGGGUCCCCAAGAAGGAGCUGGGCCCCCUCCUGUCCCCCAGCGAGGACAGCCAGGACAGCGACAGGAGCCAUGGGCAGCAGCAGCCCCACGUGAAGCAGGAGGAGGACCUGCACAUCAGUAUCAUGAAAAGAAGGAUUCACACCCACUGGGAUCUGAACAUCUCCUUCCGAGAGAGCUCUUGCAGCCGCGACUCCGACCUGUCCAGCAUCAUCUCCAGCCUGCAGCAGGGCCGCCAGCUCGGCAUGCCAGAGAGCCAGAGCCGCUGCGAGCUCAAGAGGAACCCCCUGGACGUGGGGCUGGCAGCAGCAGAUGAGAUUCUAGGCAAGAGGAGAGUAUGCUCCCCCAACAGCAGCAGUGAGUGUCCUCUGGAGAGCAAGAAAGCCCGGAGUGAGUCCCCAAAGGAGACGUCGCAGACGCCGGCGCUGGAGGAGGUGGCGCAGAUGACCCCCGAGGAGCACUACAGGCGCAUGAUGUCCGCCCUCAACGAGCACGGCUCCUUCGAGGAGCAGCAGCAGCAGCAGCAGCGCCUCUUCCAGCUGGCCAACAGCAUGGCAGUGCCCAGCCACGGGGAUCUGCUCCGGGCGCGGCAGGAGGCGGCGGCGGCGGCGGCGCGGACCCCGGGCGCGAUGGAAGCGCACAUCCCCUCGGGCAGCAACUCGUCCAGCCAGCGCAGGAAGCAGGGCCUGCCCCAGCACCGCGACAGCCACUUCCCCGACAGGGAGAUCUCCCACCCUCCGCCUCUGCUGUCGCCCCAGAACGCUCCCCACAUCGCCCUGGGGCCCCACUUGAGACCUCCCUUCCUCGGGGUGCCUUCAGCACUGUGCCAGACUCCAGGUUACGGGUUCCUGCAGCCGGCACAGGCAGAGAUGUUUGCACGGCAGCAGGAGAUGCUACGGAAGCAAAACCUGGCCAGGCUGGAGAUGUCGGCCGAGCUGAUCCGCCAGAAGGAGCUGGAGAACCUGCACCGGCAGAGGCUGCUGGCCGCCGACCCGCUGGGCCUGCACCCGGGGCUGCCCCCCGACCACCCGGCGCUGCGCAGCGUGCACGACGUCCCCGAGGGCCAGGCGCUGCGCGACGAGCUGUCCCGGCGCAACGCCAUGCUGGUGCUGCGCCACAACAACGCGCCGCUGCUGUCCCUGGCGCCGGGCGCCGCCGGCCCGGCCAAGGAGCAGCCGCGGCGGGCGGGCCGCAAGGGCCCCUCGCAGGCGCGGGCCGAGCCGCAGGGCCCCGGCGAGCCGCGGGAGCCGCGCGCGGGCGCCCAGGACUGCAACGACGACGACAUGAAGGACUCGGAGAGCGACGGCGACGACAAGGCCGAGGCGCUCAAGGGCGAGGGCGGCGCGGCCGCGGAGCCCAAGGAGGGCAAGGACGGCGGCGCGGGCAAGGCCUGCGAGGGCGCCAAGGAGGCGGGCGAGGCGGGCGCGGCGCCCGGCACCGUGCCCUGCGGCUCCUCCAGCGCCGAGUCCCCCAGCCACAUGCUGGGGCCCGCCGUGGGCAAGGCUGAGGUGAAAUACCUGCCUCCGACCUCGCUGCCCGCCCCGCAGCCGCUGCCCUUCGGCUUCCCCUACACCAUGAGCCCCUACUUCCAUGCAGGCACCAUGGGAGGUCUGUUUCUGGAUGGGGAGGAGAGCCCAGCGCUGGAGGACAUCAGCAAAUGGACAGUGGAGGACGUCUGCAGCUUCGUGUCCAACCUGUCUGGCUGCACCGAGUACACUCAGGUAUUCCGAGAGCAGGCCAUCGAUGGGGAGACCCUGCCCCUCCUGACAGAAGAGCACUUACUGAACAACAUGGGGCUCAAGCUGGGGCCUGCCCUGAAGAUCAGGUCACAGGUGGCCAAGCGGCUGGGCCGGGUGCUGUGCAUGGCCGGGUUCCCGCUGGCGCUGCCGCUGCAGCCGCCGGGGCUGCGGCCCCCGGAGCGGGAGGCGGCCCCGGGCGAGCUCCGCCCGGCCUCCACCGGCAGCGUGGCCUCGCCCUUCGGCGGCGGCGCCGCGCCCAGCCGGGGCUCCCCGAAGCAGGAGAACGGCAACGCCGCCCUGCUCGGCGACACCACCAAGCCCCCGUCCUAACGGGGCCAGCGCCCCCGCCGCGGGAACGGUCUCUUUCGGGUGGUUUUUUUAUUUUGGAUAUGCGUUUGCUUUUUUUUAUUUGUUCGGGGAAAAUAAAAGAAGAACCACGGAGAUUUCUGAACUGUCAAAAAAAAAAGAAAAAAAAAGAUUGAAAGGGAAGGAAGGAAAAUGAUCCAAAGAUGUUGUCGUGGGACGACGCCAAGUGAAGAGAAGGAUGCUGGAGGAUGGAGGCAGCGUUGCCGUCCCUUCCACGCUGCUCAGUGGAGCUGCAGAGCCCUGCAGGGAGGCACGGACAGGCUGCUCUCUGCCUCCACGGGGAGGGGAAGGGGCUCUGCUGCUGCCCCGGUACCUCGAGCAAACAGUCCCAGCCACGGGCACCCCAGCCAGGCUCUCCUCCUCCCUGCAACCGGGCUCACGUCCUCAUUCAGGUGUUCUAUGCAUCUCUAGCAACUUUGAAAACAAUACCAAAGACAGACAAAAAGGAUAAAAAGACAAAAAAAAAAAGAGAGACAAAAAAAACAAAAGGACAGAAGGCAAGUUCCCGUCCAUGUUUACUUCGUGCGGAUGGUACAGAGCCACCCUGCCCUGGCACGGGGGCCUGGCAGUGCCCAGAGCGGGGACGGUGCCCGUGCCCCAGCCCUGCAGGGCUGGAUGGAUUUCCCUGGGAUGGUCGGGCCCAGGAGCAGCAGCUGCUCUGGGGGAGGAGGCUCCUGUGUGUGCAGCCUUGCUCCAGAGGUGGCUCAGUGCACACCUGGCUGCUUCCUCCAGAGGUGGAUCAGUGCACACCUGGCUGCUUGCUCCAGAGGUGGCUCAGUGCACAUCUGGCCGCUGGCUCCAGAGGUGGAGCAGUGCACACCUGGCUGCUGGUUCCAGAGGUGGAUCAGUGCACACCUGGCUGCUGGUUCCAGAGGUGGCUCAGUGCACACCUGGCUGCUGGUUCCAGAGGUGGAUCAGUGCACACCUGGCUGCUGGCUCCAGAGGUGGAUCAGUGCACACCUGGCUGCUGGCUCCAGAGGUGGCUCAGUGCACAUCUGGCUGCUGUGGCCCACCAGACAGACCCUGCCCCCCCAGGCCUGGCUGCAGGGAGGGGGCCAGGCUGAAGCAAUGGGCAGUUUUUACUACUGUGAAUGAGCUGGGAACUGCUGGGGGUGACCUCCUGUGACUUGUACAGUUGUGAGCAACAAUCACAUGUGGUACUUUUCUCUCUCUCCCUCUCCUCCCCCCCAAUCCCCUUUUUAUUUUUGGGUUUGUUUUUUUGUUUAAACGUUGCACGUGCUGCCGUUUUUCUUACAGAAUAGCUUUGGUGGUACUUUAGCUUCUUUAUAUUGUAAAAAAAGGAAAAAAAAUUCAUUAUCCAUCACAUCACGAUAAAAAUGCUUUCCAGCAAUCAAUUUAAAUAAAAAAGAAAAACACUUAAUUUACAGAUGGUA